UCGGCCAGCCGAGACAUCAUCUGGCUCUGUGGAGAUCUGGCAGAGACCAUGCAGAAGGACUGCACAGUCUCUGAAAGAGAAGACCGGAUAUUACUGAUAGGCAAGCACAUAUCGGGGAUCUGUGAGCAUAUCUUGAGCUACAGUCCAGCCGACCUUCUGAAUCAAACUGCCGUCUUGGAGACGGUGACACUUGUACAAGCAGGGCCAGAAGACAGUUUGGGCAUUGAGAUCAAAUCCUCUCCCUCCUGUCUCCAUUUCAUAUCAGGGACUGCUCCAGAGUCCCCAGUCGAGCACUACAACAGGGUCCUCCCGGGGGAUGAGAUAGUCCAAGUCAAUGACCAGGUGGUGGUGGGUUGGACUCGGAUGAAUCUGGUGAAGAAGCUGCUCGAAACACCAAGUCGGGUGACUUUGGUGCUGAAGAAAAUCCCACUAAGUCUUUCCAUUCCCAGCUACCCUGGCUCUCCUCAGCAGCAGCCAGAAGACCGCUUCUCAGAUGCUGCAGAAUCCCUAAGCUCAAGGAGUGACGAGUCUCCAACCAGUUCUACUUCCCUUUCUUCCAGAAGCAUGGCUGCUGAGCUGGAAGAGAGGGAUUUGGCAUUAGACAUCCCAGCUGCAGAAGAGAAACAGGACGGAAUGGCUUCGAGUCACGUAACUGAAGAGGAGCUCCCUGGUACAGGAGCAUCCAUUGAUCCUGCACUGGAAGACCAGAAUCUUGGCGCAGACUCCAAGGAAUACAACAUACCCCCAGAUGCUGCCACUCCUACCAAACCCAGUACCCUGGACCUUGGAUCUCUGGACUCUGCCAGCCCUGGGAAUGGAUUUAUCAGAGGAAGUCCAGGUCUGGGAUCAGCUGGUUCUUCCAGAGAGGGCAGCACUGAAUAUCGACGGAAGCAAAAAGGAAUGGCUACCCGUCUGAGCCGACGGCGGAUCUCUUGUCAGGAUCUGGGGCAGGUGGACUGUGACGGUUGGCUUCUGAAGAAGAAAGACCAUGUGGGCUUCAUGGCCCAGAAAUGGAAGCGGUUCUGGUUUGUGCUGAAAGGACAGGCCCUCUAUUGGUACAGCAACCCCAAUGACGAGAAGGCCGUAGGCCUGAUCAAUGUGUCAGCCUACAAGCUGGAGAGCACCAAAGAGCAGAAAAAGAAAUAUGUUUUCCAGCUCACACACGAGAAGUACAAGCCCUUCGUCUUUGCAGCGGAAACACUGGCUGAUCUAAGCAUGUGGGUUAGUCGUUUGAUAACAUCAAUGAUGAAGUACCUGCCAAUCGCUAAAUCUGGUCCACAUAACCAAGAAGAUUGCUACAGUGAAACCGAAGCAGAAGACCCUGAGGAUGACUCGCCAAGACCUAACUUCGACGAGCAGCCAAAACGGAGGGAAUUGGAACAAGACCAGCUGCUAACAGGGAGUAAUGAAACCCCAAGUGGAAGUCCCCUCAAUAGCCCACUCUCAAGGCAAAAGGCAUAUGGGAGUCCAGCCUCCUCUCCCACAGACCCUGGUGGAGAAGAACUCGAGUCCCUGAUCAAGUGUUUGAAGCAAGGGGGUGUCUCUCUCAUUGGCAAGCAGCAAAUGUUCACCCGUGAGCAAUACCGGAAAUCUUUCGUCAAACGUAACAAGAAUCCAGAGAUAAAUGAGAAGGUGCAUCUCAUUCGGACCCUUCAAAGCACACUCAAGGCAAAAACUGCUGAACUCCAGCUACUCAAUGCCCUCCUGGAUGAUUCUGAACUAACCUCUGAGAAAUUCAGGCACUGGAAAGUACAAAAUCAGGAACUGUAUCAGGAAAUACAAUCAUGGUGGGCCCAAAUGGUCAGGCAUGAAGAUGGUGCCAGAACAGGCACCGCCUCUGCGGUCAGCUCAGAAGACGCCAUGGUUUCUCCAUAAACUCCAUCAACUGUCAGGACAGUUAUAUUUUGUGGGAUAAAGAAUCCUUCCCCACAAAGCUCCAGAGGGAUCUCCUCCGUUUAGAGAAGGGGCUGAAUAUCAAAGAACCCAAUUCAGAACUGAGAGGAAGAAGAUUUUUAUUCACUCUGUCAUGGACAUCUUGGGGUUUUUUUAAAGGGAAAGGACAUCGUGAUGGUGUGAGGGGGAAAGUGGGUAGAGAGGGGGAAUUCUGCUCUGUAUGGAUCAACAGGCCAGUUGAAAAUUGGUAAAGUUCACACAUGAAGCUGCCUUGUGCCAAGUCAGGCCUUUGCUCUAUCAAGGUCAGUAUUGCCU